AUGGCCUUCCUCUCCCGACUAGAUCUUCAGGAGAUCCUCCAAACCCUCUCUGUUAUGCAGUGGAUCCCACUCUACAUAUUUCUAGGAUGUACUUCUCUCCUCCUUUUACCUUACUGUCUGGUGUUCACUAAGUUUUGGGCCUUGUCUGUGCUUAUCUUUGCCUGGCUCGCCUAUGAUUGGGACACUCACAGUCAAGGUGGUAGGCGUUCAGAUUGGGUGCGAAAGUGGACCAUCUGGAAGUAUUUCAAAAAUUAUUUCCCAGUAAAGCUGGUGAAGACCCAUGACCUGUCUCCCAAACACAACUAUAUUAUUGCCAGCCACCCCCAUGGCAUUCUCUGUUAUGGUAUCUUCGUCAACAUUGCUACUGAGGCCACUGGCUUUGCUCGGAUUUUCCCGGACAUCACUCCUUUUGUAGCGACCUUGGAAGGGCUCUUCUGGAUCCCAAUUGUACGAGAAUAUAUAAUGUCAAUGGGUGUGUGCCCAGUGAGUGAGAUGGCCUUGAAGUAUAUACUGACCACAAAAGGCUCAGGCAAUGCCGUGGUGAUUGUGGUGGGUGGAGCUGCUGAAGCCCUCUUGUGCCGGCCAGGAGUUUCUACUCUCUACCUUAAACAGCGGAAAGGUUUUGUAAAGUUGGCGCUGAAGACAGGAGCAUACCUCAUCCCUUCCUAUUCCUUUGGAGAGAAUGAGGUUUACAAUCAAGAGACCUUCCCUGAGGGCACGUGGCUAAGGUUCUUUCAAAAAACCUUCCAGUCCACAUUCAAAAAAAUCCUGGGACUAAAUUUAUGUACCUUCCAUGGCCGGGGCCUAACUCAAGGAUCCUGGGGCUUCCUGCCUUUCAAUCGGCCCAUUACCACUGUUGUUGGGGAGCCCCUGCCAAUCCCCAAGAUUAAGAGGCCAAGCAAGGAGACGGUGGACAAAUACCACGCACUCUACAUCAGUGCCCUGUGCAAGCUGUUUGACCAGCACAAAGUUCAAUAUGGCCUUCCUGAGACCCAGGAGCUGACGAUCGUAUAA